GAAGUUUAAGUUUGGCUGUGAUAUGAGUUAGAUGGUGAUUAUUCUUAAGAGUUGUAAAGAGUUUAGUUGUUGAGUUAGUAAUUAGUGUCAAAGUGUAUAGUUACGUGGAAUAAAAUUAUUGCUUUGUUAAUUAGACCUUGAUUUUGGAACAAACGAACAACGAACCCAAGAUUUCUGUCCCGUAAGCCAGAGCCGUGACACUAUGGUUAUCUGAUUGAAAUGUUAUCAAAGUUAAUGAAACGAACUUUGCAGACAAAAAAUGGUUGGAAUCGCUUCAAUCCGUUUGGCACAAGAGAGAAAAGCAUGGCGCAAAAACCACCCUCCCGGAUUCGUGGCACGCCCUUCGAAAAAUGCUGACGGAUCUUUGAAUUUGUUGAAUUGGGAAUGCUCCAUUCCUGGAAAGAAGGGCACCCUAUGGGAAGAGGGCCAUUACAAACUUAGAAUGUUGUUCAAAAAGGAUUACCCUAGCAGUCCACCGAAAUGUAAGUUCGAACCACCGCUAUUCCACCCCAAUGUUUACCCCUCAGGAAUGGUAUGUUUGUCGAUUUUGGAGGCGAAAAAAGAUUGGCGUGCAGCCAUCACUAUUAAACAAAUUUUAUUUGGUCUUCAAGAUAUGUUGGACGAACCGAACCUUGCGGAUCCAGCCCAAAAGGAAGCUUACAGAAUUUAUUGUCAAAAUCGUUCGGAGUAUGAGGAACGAGUCAGGGCACAAGCUCAAAAAUAAUACUGCAUACUGGAGGAGUAUAUUAUACAGAACUUUAUUGAAUCAUUUUUGAAAAAACAAAAGUCUCACAGAAAAGUGGCAUAAUAAAGUAAUUGAGGACAUUUUCAAAAAAAUAAUUAUGAUCUGCUCACGUAAUUUUCGACAUGUUCAUCUUAGUCUUGAAAGUUUUGUUGUAAUAUUUAAGUUAGUCUUAAGCAUUUAUUUAACAAAUUUAUAUCCUCUGCUGGUAAUAAGUAAAACAAUGUACCCACUAUUUCUAGGACAUUCAAUAAGUACCUAUCAAAAUAUCAUUCUUUAAGAUUUUUAUAUCACAAUAAUCCUCAAUAUUAAAUUUCUUAAAAAC